AUGGACGAAAGCUUCGAGGAGACAGGUCAGGGACCGCUGGCCAUGUACGUGUAUUCGGAUGACGAGCUCAUCGAGCCAGGCCAGACCCCAAAGAUUAGUCUGGCGGCCUUGAAUGAACAUCCCAGUUUUCUCCGGUCGGAGUGCUUUGAGUCCACCCUCGAUACUGUUACUGUGCCUCUUCUACCUGAUGAAGUCCUGCGUCUUCUCCGUCGCCCCUCCUCCCGGCGUCUUCGACAGCCAACACAGGAGCCACUCAAUCUUCAGCCCUCUGAAGGUCAUCCUAACCCACUUGAAGUGAGCCCUGUGGUUGUUGUUUCUUCUUCUUCCUUCCCCUCUUCUAUGUUGGUCUACCAGGGUGAAUUUUCAGCGAAAUUCACAGACGACCACAUGACCUAA